AAAACUACGAUUCCUAGUAAGAAAUACCCUAACACAACUUUCUUCUCACAGAAUCGGAGUUUUCUUUUCUAUGGGUAAACCAACAAAGAUUUCCCGGUGCCCUAGGGCACAAUCGACAGCCGCCUUAAAGGCCGCGAAGGAUUCCGUCUCCGUCAAACCCACAACUGUCAGAAGAAGACGUCAACAUCAUUCAAAAGACCCAAUGGAGGAGAAGACUCAAAGUUCUUCUGUCCCAGUGAUUGACAUGAAAGACCCUCGCGAUCUACCCGACAAGAUAGUGAAAGCUUGUGAAGAUUGGGGUUGUUUUAGGGUUUCAAAUCAUGGGAUCCCAACCGAACUCUUGUCUGAAAUGAAGGGUUUGGCCCGAUAUUUCUUAGAUCUCCCGACUAAAAUCAAGAAACGUAAUGCUUCUUGGAAACCCGGCCAAAGAUUACAAUAUACGCUGCCUUAUAAUGUUACCCCUUAUUUCCAAAGCUUGAGAAUUGAUGAUAUGAUCUUCCCUGGAGCUCUUGAUGAUUUUUGUGAUCGGAUUAAUGCUUCCCCCCACCAAAGGGAAACAUUAGUAAGGUAUCCACAAGCACUUUAUGGGGCAGCAAUAGAGAUUUGCGAGAAGAUUAUGCAAGGUUACGGGUUAUUAGGCCGUGGGGAAAAGACAUCAAAGGAUUGGGUUUGCGAUUUACAGUUGAACAAGUAUAAUUUUAGCCAACAAAGCCUCGGAUCAACCGGCGCAAUCGAGCAUUCGGACCCGGGUUUCUUCACGCUCUUGCAGGAUGAUGAAUUGGUCAACGGCUUGGAAGUUAUGAACAAGUUCACCGGGGAAUGGGUUCCGGUCGACCCCAUUCCGGGAACCCUUGUUGUCCUCGUCGGAGAUACUGGAAUGGUAUGGAGCAAUGGAAGAUUCUGUAAUGUGAAGCAUAGGGUGCAGUGCAACAAACCAAUGACUAGGGUUUCGCUCGCGACAUUUGUGUUAGUUACCAGAGACAAAAUUGUAAGAACACCAGAAGAGCUGAUCGAUUCUAAGCAUCCUCGUCUCUACAAGGAAUUCUUCUAUUACGAAGACUACAAGCACCUUCGUUUGUCCAGCUCUCCAACCGCUGAAGCUCUCGAACAUUUCAAAGUCGACAGUACCACCGACGACUGAUCAUUAGUAAGAGAACUAGCUAGAUGAAUAUUUAAUAUGCUCUCUCCCUUCCAAAAAUGAUUAUGGUACCGAACAUGACAAUAAACAAGAUAAUUAUUUUUGGGCGGAGAUACUCUUGUACUUAUUUGUUUAUAAUGACAAUUUUAUUUUUUCAAGAAACAAAAAGUGGCUUCAUCUUAUUUAACUCAUAUGGCUGUGAACUAGACUUUAUGCUUCUAAUUUGUUUGGAUAGUGAUGUUUUGAUUAUGAAAGAGAAAGCCCUGAUUUAAGUGUAUUCUACUCUGAGAAGAACAUUAUGCGUUGAGGUCAUUCAUCUCCGCUGCCUGAAUUGUUUUGGCAUUUAAGUAUGACCAUUACUUGAUAGAUUGAAAAUUGUUACCGAAUUUUUCAUGUUUGAUAAUUACUUGAUAUGAAAAUGCGCUACC